AUGGCUAUCUCGGUACUUCGGCUGACAGUUGUCGUGGGACUGCUUGUCUUAAUCCUGACCUGUCAGGCAGACAACAAACCAGAUGACAAACCAGAUAACAAGCCGGAUGACUCAGGCAAAAACCCAGACUCAGAUUUCCCCAAAUUCUUAAACUUGCUGGGCACAGAGAUCAUUGAGAAUGCAGUUGAGUUCAUCCUCCGCUCUAUGACCAGGAACACAGGAUUUAUGGAAUUUGGUGAUAAAUCAGGAGAACAUUCAUCAAAGUGA